AUGGAUGAAGAAACAAGAAAGAAUGCAUUAGCAGGUGGAUGUCCUGUUGCACAUGAACCUACUACAGCUACACCAAAAGAUAUUAACCCAAACAACAAUAUGUAUAGACCAAAUCAAAAGCCACAUGUAGAUCAAACAUUACCACUAGAUACAAGUAGAGUAAAAUCAUCAAUCCCUAGAACCGAACAAGAUCAAUGGGAAUACCCUUCACCACAGAUGUUUUUCAAUGCAAUGAAGAGAAAACAAUAUCAACCAAGCGAAAAGGAUAUGGACAUGGUAGUAGCCAUUCACAAUACUGUCAAUGAAAAGUGUUGGGAACAUGUUUUAGAUUGGGAAAAAGAAUAUUCCUCAGAAUGUGAUAAACCAAAAUUAGUAAAAUUUAGAGGAAGAGCAAAAGAUUUUAGUCCAAAGGCAAGAAUCUUAAACUUUUUUGGAUAUACUUUACCAUUUGAUCGUCAUGAUUGGAUCAUUGAUCGUUGUGGUAAACAAGUACGUUAUGUUAUCGACUUUUACGAAGGCAAGGCAGACAAGGAAAAUAAUAAGCCAAUCGGUAUCUAUUUAGAUGUUCGUCCUGCAAUCGAUGAUUUCCAAACUUUUACAGAUAGAUUUAAAAAAUUAUUCAAUUAA